ACCCCCUUUAUUAACACCGGCACCAUCCUUCCGUUAGCUUUUAACGGUUCGCUCAUAAGCCCUUUCUCCGUCGAUGUCAUCAAGUACCACCGACCCAGAAGUCAUCUUCAAGCUGGCUCCCUGCGUGGUCUGUGUCUCCUGGCAAUAUGCCGCUCGAUUACUCUAUUUACGCUAUCCCGGACUCAAAUCCAACGCUCUAUUAGUAUUGCUUCCGCCGGAGAAUCAAACAGGCCGGCAAUGCUGUUGGAUCUACAACUAUUGCUCCUACAAAAUCCACAGGAUUUUUCUACCACAACUCCAAGGAGGAUGGUAUACUGCAUCCUCUCAUGGCUGGCGUCUCACCAUUGCCAAUCAAGCCAUUCAUCUUUUAAAUCCCAUCACCAGCGCCACCGUUAAGCUUCCUCUUGAGAAACGAUUCAGGAGGCCGGAAAUCGGCCAGAUGAGUUCCAAGAAGCCGGAGUUUACGAGGGUGAUCACCUCCACCAUUUCGACGGAUCCUCUUUGCAAAGUCCUGGCCAUCCAUCCCGGUAAACAUGGACAGUUUUUCCUUUUGCAGAACAGGGGAUCAUGCAUGGAUCAGAAUAAACAACUUCGUGGGACGGUGUUCCGAUGCAAUAUUCUACAAGGGUGACUUCUACGCCAUUGAUUUUUACGUUGGCUCAUCAACUCCUCGCAUCAGAAAUUGAAUCUGCUGCCACUUCUAAUAAUUUUCUUUCCUCGGCUCAAAUUGGUUAUUAGUGUCCAACUUUACCUACUUCUGCUACAUGAAAUGCAUCCUGCUAUUGCCUAGUGCCUCUUUAAGUUGUUUCUUCUCCUCAGUUGGCUCAUCAAGUCCUCGCAUCAGAAAUUGAACCUGCCGUUUCUUCUAACAAUUUGCUUUGCAAGGCCUAAGGCCUAAAUUGGUUAUCAGUGUCCAACUUUACCCAUUUCUUCUGUUAAUCUUGCAUUGUAAGUACAUUAUCUAUAUCUUCAAGAUUCUUUUUAUUUUCCCUUUAAUAUUUUUUUUUUAUGAUCAGCAAAAUAAAAUAAUUUACCCAUU